CUGCAAUGUAAUACUCUUAUCACUUUUCAUUUUUCGUAUGACAACCAGCAUGAACCUAACCUGGAGAGACAUGCUGCAUCUCGUCGUAAGAACCUCACGUCCCGCCCACCUAAUAACUAACGACUGGAGGACUAAUGGCGUGGGGCGAUUAGUGAGCCAUUCUUACGGCUAUGGUCUGUUGGAUGCUAGUGCCAUGGUCGCUUUGGCCCGGAACUGGAGCAGCGUGGGGCUGCAGCACAAAUGUGUCAUUAAUAUGCUGACCGAGCCCAGGGACAUAAGAAACCACCUAGUCUUCAGCAGAAGUGUAGAGGCCUGCUCUGGGCAGCUGGACUUUGUGAGCUCUUUGGAGCAUGUGCAAGCCAAACUCACCCUCUCCUAUAACCACAGAGGAAACCUGGCUGUUCACCUCAUCAGCCCACUGGGAACUCGCUCCACACUGCUGGCUCCACGGCCUCAGGAUAACUCAGCCGAAGGGUUCAACGACUGGGCAUUCAUGACCACACACUCCUGGGACGAGGACCCUCGGGGAGAAUGGACGCUGAAGAUUGAGAAUGUGGCUGGACUUAAUGAUUAUGGCGUUCUUUCACAGUUCACCCUCAUCUUAUACGGCACCGGCUCCAGUGCCACAGAUCCGUCCAUUUCCGAUUACACCCGGCCUUCAAACAACAGCUGCAAAACCUUUGACACCCAGCAGAUCUGCAUUGAAUGCAGCACAGGUUUCUCGCUUUUCUUGCAAGGCUGCGUGAAGUCCUGCCCUCCCGGCUUCAGCUCUGGGCUGCAGGUGCUCAACUUGUCGUUGGACAGCUGGGUGGAGCAUUCUACUGUACAGGCGUGCCUGUCCUGCCACCCGGCCUGCCUGACAUGCUUCGGGUCCGGGGAGAACGAAUGUCUUUCCUGUCCCCCCCCCAGUCACUUAGUGAUCACUUCUUGUUUGCACCAGAACCAGCGAAAAUGGCCCAGCAUUCCUGUGCUCGAGCACGAGGUGGACCCAAACUCAGAUAAAUCCUUGCACGAUCCCGGCCUUUCCUCAAGAUUGCCGGCGCUGGUGGCGGUGCUCAGCUGUGCCUUCAUCCUGGCCACUUUCGCAGCUGUUUUUGUGCUGCUUCAGCUGCACUCCGGAGCAGCCAGUGCCCCGUUCUGCCGGAGGACCAAACUGCCGGUGAUGGAAACGGGUGGAGGGGGAAUACGAGUUGGCUUCGGGUUCGGACUCGGCCGGGGGAAA